AUGGCAAAAGGAAGGCCAAAUCCCAAGGUGGAUGUGGAGAAGCAGGGAGUUCGGCCGAUGAAGAAGAAGGCAGCCGACUUGAGAGGAACCAAGCCUGGGUCAGUCAAGGAAGCUCAGCCGAAACACGAAGUUCGGCCGACCAAGAAAGCAGUCAAAAAGAACAACUUGACCACAAGAAAAGGGGAAGAUGAAGAUCAAUGGCACUCCGAUGUGGAAGAGGAGGAAGCUUGGCCCAACAGGACGAAAGCAGUGAAGUUCCUAGGGUCAGAAAAAGCAGCUCAGAAAGAUCAAUGGGACUCUGACUCAGAUGUCAAGAAGCAGGAAGUUCAGCCGAUCAAGAAGAAAGCAGCCACAGUCAAGGGGACAGGAACCGAGCCUGGGUCAGACGAAGAAGCUCAGCCAACGACGAAGGCAGCCAACUUUGAAGGAACCAAGCCUGAGUCAGUUGAGGAAGUUCGGCCAAAACCCAAAGAACAAUGGGACUCGGACUCGGAUCUUGAGAAACAGGAAGUUCAGCCGACAAAGAAGAAAGCAGCCACCAAGAACGACUUCGAUGUAAAGGGGACAGUAGCUGAGCCUGGGUUAGACGAUGAAGCUCGGCCAACAAAGAAGACUAUUGAUAACCUGAAACCUAAAGGUGAAAGCUUUUGGGAAAUGGACUUUGCGGAGCCAUUGGGUGGACAUGGGGUGAAAAGAAAAUACAGUGACAAUGAAGAGGAUGCCCUCCCCAACAAGACUUCUCGGUUGGAGGCCAGUUACAAACUUGGCCCCAAAAACGGCCGACCUGGCACAAUCAAGAAGGCUGCUGGCUCCCCUGUCGUACAAGACGUUUCCAUUGACAAACCAUGUACCGAGGUCGAUCCACAUGCUGGUCGCAGCCCAUCAACUAACAUUGAUUUAGUCAAGUCGGCCAUGGCUGUCCCUGUCAAGGCAAAACCUAAACCUCGGCCCAUCAAAGGCAAGGUUUCCACCAAGAUUGGUCAAAGAGAAUUGCUGAAGAGAGUGUUCGAAUCACCCAAUCCAAGAAACAUUAGUUUAUAUCUUUUUAGAAUAAUGUCAAUUCGUUUUGUGUUGGAGUUUCACCCAAGUUCGUAA